CUUGCCCGUCCGUUCUGGUUAUUCGCCACGCCAUGCAGAGCGACGACGUGAUCUGGUCGGUCAUUAAUACUCAGUUCUGCUCCUACAAAGUCAAGUCGACAACCCAAAAUUUCUGCCGUAACGAGUACAACGUCACUGGACUCUGCACCAGGCAAUCGUGCCCUUUAGCAAACUCCAGAUAUGCCACUGUGAGGGAGAAAGAGGGUGUACUAUACCUGUACGUGAAGACGAUUGAGCGAGCGCAUAGUCCAGCGCACAUGUGGGAGAAGAUAAAACUGUCGAAUAAUUACUCGAAGGCAUUAGAACAGAUUGACAAGGAACUCAUACAUUGGCCGAACUUUUUCAUUCACAAAUGUAAACAGAGGAUCACGAAGAUCACUCAGUAUUUGAUCAAGAUGAGGAGGAUGCGAUUACGACAACAGCCCAAGCUCAUCGGCGUGAAAAAGAAGCUUGAUCGGCGAGAAGCCGUCCGGGAACGUAAAGCGCUAUCUGCUGCACAUCUCGAGCGUUCAAUAGAGAAAGAGCUCAUCGAGCGACUGAAGUCGAAGGCUUACGGAGACGCACCCCUGAACGUGAACGAGGCCGUCUGGCAGGCCGUCCUGGACCAAGAGAAGAAAGGAAAAGACAAAGUGCAAGGGGAGCUUGAGGAAAUGGUGGACGACGAGACGGACGAAGACGAGGACGCGAACGAAGAGUUUGAAGAGGAGGAGGAAGGGUGGGGGGAGAGAGAAUUCGUCAGCGAUAUAAGCGGAGAUGAAGACGACUCCGGCGGCGGUUUCAGCGAUAUGGAGGAUGUGGAGGAUGAUGACGAGGACGAGAGCGAGGACGACGAGGAUGAGAGCGAUGACGAGGAUGCUCCAGUACCGAAGGGGAAGACGACCCUCGGCAAGCGGAAAAAACAGGACUCUAAAUCUGCUCGAAAGCGUCCGCCGAAGAAAACCCACCGCGGUCCGAGAGUGGAAGUCGAGUACGAACAGGAAUACGAGUCCGUACCCAUUUCCAAGGCUGCGCUGUCAGAAUGGUGACAGUCCAAGGGCUCGCGACUUGUUGAUACCCUUGAAUAUAUUGCUGGCAUGUCCUGUGCCAUCCUGUGUCACGCAUCAUUGUAUGAUCACGUAUUUUACUUGCC